CGGUCAGUGUUCAGUCAUUUCAGUUUGCGUGAGGAUGAGGAUGAAGAUCUGCCUGCUGGCUUUACUGCUGGGCUGUAAUGUCACUGCAGAAAUACUCCAUGAAAUAGUCAAAGAAAGGACCGCAGUCUCUCUGCGCUGUCCUCACUCUGUGAGCGGAGACACGACGUGGAGCAGAGAGACUGAUGGAAACAAGUUUGACAUAUUGACAGUUGCUGGCGACGGGGAGAUAAAACACAUUUCUGAUCCGGGCAGACGAUACAGUUCGGUGGCAGAUAAGUCUCUAGCCAUUAGACGAGUUACCACCUCAGACUCUGGAAGAUAUUUCUGUAACAAUGAAGCAGCUGUGGAGCUGACGGUGAUCCCAUCAGGAACAAUCAGACGUGAUGCUACAGAGGGGACCAGCAUCAAUCUCACAUGCCCUCAUGAUUUUGGAGGAUCAGGUCCAACAUGGAGCAGAGGCUCUGGUGACAUACAGCAACAAAAAAGUUUUUAUGUUUCACCUGUUGACAACACUCUGAUUAUAACAGCUGUGGAGCUUGGACACUCUGGACUUUACUACUGUGGUGGAAAACCUGCCGUGUAUCUGAAUGUGACCAAAGGUACCUCGACACCCAAAACAGCACCAACAACAAAGGCUGCAACUACAACAUCCUCAACAGCGAGCCCUACACCCACAAAAAAACAAACAUCAGCAGCUCCAACAUCAACUGCUGCAGCACCAACUCUGAAAAAUACAGGAGACAAAAAGUCACCGACGACAACAACAACAACAACAACAACAACAACAGCAGCAACAGCAAUAGCAACAGCAACAGCAAUAGCAACAGCAACAGACGCAGUAAAUAACGGAGAACAUGCACCACCUCUUGCUUUGCUGUCCGGAAUAAUCUCCUUCUUCCUCCUCGUCAUCAUCAUCAUCAUCAUCUACUGUGCUCGAAGACGCAGGUUUAAAAGACAAGGAGGCGAUGAAAGAUGCCCCGUCUAUGCCGAGAUACAGGAUGUAUUCGUGUUGCAGCCCACAAAUGGAGGACAAAGCAUGGCCACAUACUGCAUGGCAGAGUUCCCAGCUGGAUCAAACAAAAAUGAUCCUACGUACUCGACCAUUCCCGAUCUUCCUCCAGUGGAGAAGAAAACCGGUAAGGACAGAGCUCUUAUCAGCAUUUGA